GUCAGAAUUUCCACUUACGUAACUUGGUAACACUAGGAAUUGCUGAAGAGAAAAAAAUUGUGGAUUAAAAAACAGUGGAAAAGCUUAGAUAAUUAUGUCACAGCGAAAUCACAGAAUAGACCGCUUUGCGCAGAUGACAAAGCAGGAGGAGAUCAUUGCCAAGAAGAGGCAAGAGAUACUCGAGAAGCAGAAGACUGCGCAACUGGCUAAGGCGGUGGCCGCUGCCCAGAACUUGGCAGCCCAGUUGAAAACAGAGACGCCAGUGGGUAAACCCGCUUCCACCGAAUCAGAAUCUCUGAACCAAGAUGAGCAGCAACAGAACGCCUCAGCUUUGGAUGCCUCAGUGGAGGAGGCGAAUGGCCCUGAAGCCGUAAGUUUCGAAGCAUCAGGAAAGGGAAAGCCAGACGAGGCGGUAGCCUCAAAGCCACUGAACAGUUUCACUGGAAAGACUGGAAAGAUCACAUUUGGUCACAAGCGGCAACAGUUGCCUCAGCCCAGUGUGGAGCAACCGCCUCCAAAAAUAAAGAAUACCUUUUGCAACGAUGGUUCCUUUUUGGAAAACUUUAAGAAGAUACUGGAAAAGCACGAAAAGCCUCAGCCUCCUGUUAUUGUAGCUCCAGUACCAGUCCCUAGCGCUGAAGAAACCGCGUCUGCAGUGCCUGAGUCGCAAACGACAGAGGAGCAACAGCCCCCACAAUUGGAUGCCAUGGUCGCCAUUAGCUCGGCAGCCGCCAUGGUCAAUCCUAUUACAGUGACCAGCUCAGCUCCCACACAUUUGGCCUUUGGAUUGCCCGUGCAGGCGGUCCAACCACCGCCGCCGCCUCCGUUUGCUUUUAACCCCGCUCUGUUGCCGCAGGGGCCACCGCAAAUGCAACUUCCGGCCUUUUUCCAUGGCCAUCUGCCUAUGCAAUUGCAUCCAGCCACUGUUGCACCACCACCGCCUCCUCCGCCACCGCAGCUUCCACUGGCGUUGGCCAACAUGGGACCAAUAUACAUGCAACUAGCACCAGCGCCCGUGGAUGCGUUGCAGCUAAAUGCUAUUCCAGCGCCCAAAGAAUUCGACUUAAAUGCUAUACCAAAGCCGCAGAUUAACCUGGAAGCAAUUCAGAUGCCUACUAUUGCCGGCCACCCUGCGGAUCAACUAAACAUGCUAGCAGAGCAUGUGAACCAUCAUCCACCACCGCCGCCACCACCUAUGCAGGAGGAAGUGGAAGUGCCCCAACAGCAACCUCAACCGGUGGUGACGCAGCAACCGCCUCAGGCUCAGAACCAACUUCCUCCAGCAGCUCCCCCGCCACAAGUUUUUUCAGAAACGUGCAUACAAUUGCCAACGUGCUUAGAAAACCUAAUCGCACUGGUCGCGGAAAACGGUGAUGAUUAUGAAGAUAAAAUACGUUUGCAUAGAAGCGAGUUGCAUCCAGCCCUGUGGUUUCUUUAUGAUAAGAACUGCGAGCAGUAUCGAAGCUAUCGCUCUCAACUCCUUGACUACGAGCGGCAGCGGAUUGAGCGCCAGCGAGAGAGGGACCAUCGGCAGCUAAAGCGGGAUCAAGAGGAGCCGCCAAAGGAGCAGGAACAUCAUCAGCCAGCAUACCACGAGGAGCAGAACAGUAACUCGGCGGCGGACAAAUAUGAUCCCGAAUCUGCCAUUAGUGCGGAUUUUGAUUCCGAUGACGAGUACAUGCGAGGCAUGAUGGAUCGGAAUCGGGACAACAUUAAGCGCCGAAUCGAAUGUCGUAAUGAGCUUAGCGAUGAGGAGCGCCGUGAGCGCGAAGAGGCGACUGCUGCCGGCAUCCCAAUCGAUGGGGAUGACCUGGACGAUGUUGACGAAAAGGAGACUCAAAGGCAACGACGCAAACGCGAGCGCAAGAGUCGUUGGGGUGAAAAGGAGCAGCUAAUACCCGGAGCAAGCACCUCGGGAAGCUUCGGUAACCAGAACAAACCAACGCUUACCAACAUCACACGCAGUGACCCCGCUUUGUUACAGUAUGCUCGCCUCAACUACGGUUCCAUUCAGCUAACCGAGGAACAGUGGGUACAGUGUGAAGAGCACUACAAGGUGAACCUUCUUUACCAAGACAUGAUGCGCAAGCGGCAAGAAAUUGAUCGCCUUGCGAGAGGAGGCAAGUUUAAAUACGAGUACGACUCCGACGAGGAUAUUGAGGGGGGUACAUGGGAACACAAACUUCGCACUGCCGAAAUGGAAGCAACUUCCUUGUGGGCCAAUGCCCUGACAAAACAGAGCGAGGGCAAGCACCACAUCGGUGACUUUCUGCCGCCCGAGGAGCUUAAGAAGUUUAUGGAGCAGUAUGAGGCUAAGAAGAACAACCGACAGCCCGACCUUAGUGACUACAAGGAGUACAAACUGAAAGAGGACAACAUUGGUUUCCAGAUGUUGCAGAAGCUCGGAUGGAAAGAGGGUCAAGGUCUGGGACAGGAUGGAGCCGGAAUCGUGGAUCCCGUAAACAAAGCGCCACAACGCGACGGAAAUCAGGGCCUUGGCGUCAGCAGUGCCGCCGCACCAGGAGAUUGCGACAAUGAGUACGAUGCUUACAGAAAGCGUAUGAUGUUAGCCUACCGUUUUCGACCCAAUCCCUUGAACAAUCCACGUCGCGCCUACUACUAGGACUACCUCAUUAGUUCACCACGCUAAAAGUACUGCACUGCUAAUGCCAAUUACUUAGUUCCCUUUCCGCAGCCUUUACCCGUAUACUUGCUUGAACGUUUAAUGAAGAAAAUAUUCCUGUUACAAUUAAACAAGGAAACAAUUAGUA